AUGGGCACCAUUUCUACGCUGUGGGAGCUGGACACCAUCGGCCGAGCCAUGGACUAUGUCACCAAUCCUGAGAACGAGCAUAUUCGUCUUCAGAAUUUUAUCGAGAAUCGAUUCCUUGAUCGUUCGCAUACAUCGGAAUGGAUAGACUCCUCUGACCCUCGUUCAGGCUAUCUCUUGUUGAAAUUGCCUAUUAGUCCCGAGAACGUCGUCGAAUAUGCUGUGAAUGUGGCAGCUCGGGCUUUCACAGCCUGGUCCAAAACAUCUGUUUACCAGCGAUCCGACGUUCUGUUCCGAAUCGCGGACAUUAUGGAAGACAAGAAGGACAUGUUUGCGGUAUGGGAAAGCAUUGACCAAGGCAAACAGCUUCAUCGGGCUCGCACGGAAGUUGACCAUGCUAUUGAGUUUUUCCGAUACUUUGCUAGAUACAUUUUGCAGGAGGAGACCAAUGCAGUUCAUCUCAACAGAACCGCAAAACAGUCAACCCUAAUAUACGAACACCGAUUGCCAGUGGGAGUUUAUGCAAUCAUCACUUCAUCGAACAUGCCACUGUACCUUUUGGCAUCAAAGAUUGCCCCCUGCCUCGCAUUUGGAUGCACGGGUGUUGCCAAGCCAAGCGAGCACACUAGCAUGACUGCCUUUUUGUUUGCCGAAGUACUUCGCCGCGCCGAUCUGCCUCCUGGUGUUAUGAACAUCAUUUUCGGAAAUGGACCUAGCACCGGUUCAACUCUGGUAGGAUUGCCUGCCAUUCGGGGAGUUUCACUUACUGGAGGAAUCAAGACAGGAAUUCAGAUUCGAGAGGAAACUGCUGCCGACAUUCACAAGCGCCUGUCUCUCGAUCUCCAAGGAAGUUGUCCUACACUGAUUUUUGGCGAUGUCGAUCUUGAAAGCGCGGCUUCGACAGCAGCCUAUGCGGCAUUUGAAAACAGUGGACAGGUUUGUCUCGGCGGUUCUCGCAUCUACGUUCACCGAUCGGUUUACAAGGUCUUCCUUUCCAAGCUGAUUCGAUUGGUCCUUAAGAAGUACCGGCCAGCCAAGGACAUGGGCCCAGUUGUUUCUCGGAAGCAGUAUGACAAUCUUCGAGCUUAUCUUAUUCGGGCUGAUGAAGAGCAUGCCACAUUUGAGAUUGGUGAGAUCCCAGAGGAACAUCCGAAUGAUGGUUUGUGGGUUGGUCCGACAAUUCUAAGCAACAUACACCCUGAGAGUCCCUUGGGCCAGGAGGAGCUAUCUGGUCCUGUGGCAAUUGUUUACUCGUUUGAUAGAGAAGAAGAAGUGGUGGAUCUGUGCAAUGACAAUCGCAACGGAAAGGGGGCUGUGGUCUUGACCGAUGACCUGUCCCGCAUGCGCCGAGUUCGGGAACAUCUUGAUGCAGAGCUUACAUGGGGAAAUUGCUGGCUGGGCCGUGACCUCGGCGCAGGAUUGAAUGAUUUAAUGGCGGCUGGUAUGGGACACGGAGCAGGCGCACGUUUCCAGGAUAUCUUUACACGAUCGCGAACGGUGCAUGUCCCAUCUUACUAA